AUGCCUUCUUACCUGAUCACUGGAACUUCCCGAGGACUCGGUUUCGAGUUCGUUCGACAGCUCUCCGCCGACCCAAACAACACCAUCAUUGGUUUUGCCCGCAACAAGAAAGCCACUGAUGAGAAGGUCGAGCGUGAACUAAGCGGCAGGUCCAACAUCCAUACUAUCGAAGGAGAAAUUGAGAAACUUGCUUCUCUCAAGAACCUCAUCGAAGAAACCGCUAAAAUCACUGGUGGCAGUCUCGACUACAUCAUUGCCAACGCUGCCCUGCAGUCUGAGUGGUCGGCUCACAACCCCAUUGGCACCUUGGGUGACGAUCCAGAGCGAUUGGAGGAGGACAUGCUCGAGUCCUUCAAAAUCAACACACUCGGCAACGUCCACCUUUUCAACUUGGCACUCCCAUUGAUCCGCAAGGGUCAAGCGAAGAAGGUCAUCGCCAUAUCUUCAGGCAUGGCAGACCCCGACUUCAUCACGCAGUUCUCCAUCGUCGACGGUGCGCCAUACAGCAUAAGCAAGGGCGCACUUAACAUUGCGAUUGCCAAAUUCGACGCUCAGUACAGAAAGGAGGGAAUCUUGUUCAUGGCAGUCUCUCCGGGUCUCGUUGCCACCAAAGACCUGUCAAACAUUACCGAGGAGGAGAUGCAGGGAUUCCGCGAUAUGGUUUCUGCGUUCCAGGUUUACGCACCACAUUUUACUGGACCGAUUACCCCUGAGGAAUCGGCUACACAUGUGAUUUCUGUUAUCAACAAGGCGAGCAUUGACGGUGGCAGUGGUGGCUCUUUCGUGUCUCACUUUGGUAACAAGCAGUGGCUGUAA